GGCGGAAGAGGAAGGAGGGGCCGGCCGUGAGGUGGCAGCGGCCGCGGCGGAGCCGGCGCCUCGGCGGGACCUGGGGUCUGUUCCUCCUUCCCGCCCUGCCCCCGCCCCACGCCCUCGCCCGGUCCCGGGGACGGCGCUGCUCGCGGCGGUCGCAUCCUCCCCGCCUCGCCCCGGGCCUGCUCCCGGCCUCCCCCUGCGCCCCGCGGAAGCCCCGGGCACGGGGUCCUUGCCCUCCUCUCAGGCCCCCGCCCUCGGCAGCUCCGUGACGCAGCCGGUUUUGUUCGUUUGGAGGCUAACAGCUAACAGUCGCCUUGAGCCUUCUUUCCAGGACUGGGAUGGGUGCGUGAUCGCAGAGGGAGCACCGCGGCCGGCCUGUCCAGAACCCGCGUGGCCUCGAGCCGCUCCUCGGCCUCUCGGUUCGGUUUGGCGUGGGAACCUGGGGCCUUGGGACGCCCGGACAGCGAGGGGCUCUGACACCGCCCUCCGCAGCUGCUGCCAGUUGCCUCCUGUCCUCCCGGAGAGGGAGGUGGCAGCACCCGCCUCUGAGCAUCUGGGCUUGGGGAAGGAGGUGCUGCAAAAUGGCCCCGGCAGCCACCGUGCCCCUGUGAGCGCUGGGGGCUGGGGCUCGCUCUCUGCCCCUCGUUUGGGUGGGCAGAGCUUCCGUGUGCCAUGCCAGUGGCUCUCGCCCCCUCCUGAGCGGGCGGAGGGUCCCUCCCGCCCCGUGUUUCCUUGGCACUCGGGAGCGGAGUAGGAAGAGGCCGGAUCCCUUUCAGCAGCCUGAGUGAGGCCGCCAGGCCAGGCCCCGGGGCAGGGUAGGGGGCAGCGCCUCGGGGGGCGCCCUGUUCUGAUGCAGCAGGUGCUUCCCCCUGCCCCUUCUACAGCAGCUGCUGCUGGCUCCUGACUUGGUCGACAGGUGUGCGUGGGCCUUUUGGGUUACGUUUGGCAGGAGUGAGUGGUGUUGCCUCCCUUUUCUACGGGAAGACAGGCCGUAAGCCGUUAGUGGGCGAAUUGGAGUCUAAUAUUUAUUACCGUCUGGACUGAGGGUUAGAUCUGGCACUUUGAUAACUGGAGACCAGCCAGACAGGAUUGUGAAGACGGGACCGUCCAGCUUCCUGGGGAUGCUGGGCCUGGAAGCAAACACGCCUUGUUCUGCUGCUGAGCUCAUGGGCCCCAGGUUCCCCGGUUAAAACUGCAUGCCUACCACUGGCCUGGCACCCGUCAACCCACUGCGUGAUCCUUGAGGCUGUGCCCUCCGGAGCAUGCGCACAGCAGGGCCUACCACCAUGCGACUGAGCUCCCUGUUGGCUCUUCUGCGACCAGCGCUGCCCCUCAUCCUGGGGCUGUCUCUGGGAUGCAGCCUGAGCCUCUUGCGGGUUUCCUGGAUCCAGGGUGAGGGAGAAGAUCCCUGUGUAGAGGCUGUGGGGGAACCAGGAGGCCUGCAGAAUCCUGACUCAAGAAUUGGGCUUGACCAAAGUGAUGAAGAGUUCAAACCCCGGAUUGUCCCCUACUAUAGGGAUCCCAACAAGCCUUACAAGAAGGUGCUGAGGACUCGGUACAUCCAGACAGAGCUGGGCUCUCGGGAGCGGUUGCUGGUGGCGGUCCUGACUUCCCGGGCCACGCUGUCCACUUUGGCCGUGGCCGUGAACCGCACAGUGGCCCACCACUUCCCGCGGUUGCUCUACUUCACUGGGCAGCGGGCGGCCCGGGCUCCAGCAGGGAUGCAGGUGGUAUCUCAUGGGGACGAGCGACCGGCCUGGCUCAUGUCGGAGACCCUGCGCCAUCUCCACACACACUUUGGGGCCGACUACGACUGGUUCUUCAUCAUGCAGGAUGACACGUAUGUGCAGGCCCCCCGCCUGGCAGCCCUCGCUGGCCACCUCAGCAUCAACCAAGACCUGUAUUUGGGCCGGGCGGAGGAGUUCAUUGGCGCCGGCGAGCAGGCCCGGUACUGCCAUGGGGGCUUUGGCUACCUGUUGUCUCGGAGUCUCCUGCUUCGAUUGCGGCCACAUCUGGAUGGCUGCCGAGGGGACAUUCUCAGUGCCCGUCCUGACGAGUGGCUUGGCCGCUGCCUCAUCGACUCUCUGGGCAUUGGCUGUGUCUCACAGCACCAGGGGCAGCAGUAUCGCUCAUUUGAACUGGCCAAAAAUAGAGACCCGGAGAAGGAGGGGAGCCCGGCUUUCCUGAGUGCCUUUGCAGUGCACCCUGUAUCGGAGGGGUCCCUCAUGUACCGGCUCCACAAGCGCUUCAGCACCCUGGAGCUGGAGCAGACGUACAGCGAAAUAGAGCAACUGCAGGCUCAGAUCCGGAACCUGACCGUGCUGACCCCCGAGGGGGAGGCAGGGCUGAGCUGGCCUGUGGGGCUCCCGGCCCCGUUCACACCACGCUCUCGAUUUGAGGUGCUGGGCUGGGACUACUUCACAGAACAGCACACCUUCUCCUGUGCAGAUGGGGCGCCCAAGUGCCCACUGCAAGGGGCUAGCCGGGCGGACGUGGGCGAUGCUGUGGAGACGGCUCUGGAGCAGCUGAAUCGGCGCUAUCAGCCCCGGCUGCGAUUCCAGAAGCAGCGGCUGCUCAAUGGCUACCGGCGCUUUGACCCAGCGCGGGGCAUGGAGUACACCCUGGACCUACUGCUGGAAGCUGUGACGCAGCGUGGGCACCGGCGGGCUCUGGCCCGCAGGGUCAGCCUGCUUCGGCCGCUGAGUCGAGUGGAAAUCCUACCUAUGCCCUAUGUCACAGAGGCCACCCGUGUGCAGCUGGUGCUGCCGCUCCUGGUGGCGGAAGCUGCUUUGGCCCCUGCUUUCCUCGAGGCCUUUGCGGCCAGCGUUCUGGAGCCACGAGAGCAUGUGUUGCUCACCCUCCUGCUGGUCUAUGGGCCACAGGAAGGUGGCCGAGGGGCCCUGGACCCGUUUCUCGGGGUGAAGGCUGCAGUGGCCGAGUUGGAGCGACGCUACCCUGGGGCGAGGCUGGCCUGGCUCGCAGUGCGGGCGGAGGCCCCUUCCCAGGUUCGGCUCAUGGACGUGGUGUCCAAGAAGCACCCGGUGGACACGCUUUUCUUCCUCACCACUGUGUGGACCCGGCCGGGACCAGAGGUGCUCAACCGCUGCCGCAUGAAUGCCAUCUCUGGCUGGCAGGCCUUCUUCCCCAUCCAUUUCCAGGAGUUCCACCCCGCCCUGGCACCACAGAGGUCUCCCCCGGGGGCUGGCCCUGACCCCCCAUCCCCUCCUGGUGCUGACCCUGCCCGGGGGGCUCCCGGAGGAGGCCGGUUUGACCGCCAGACUUCCGCGGAGGGCUGCUUCUACAAUGCCGACUACCUGGCUGCCCGUGCGCGGCUGGCUGCUGAACUGGCAGGCCAGGAAGAGGAGGAAGCCCUGGAGGGGCUGGAGGUGAUGGAUGUGUUCCUCCGGUUCUCAGGGCUCCACCUCUUCCGAGCCGUGGAGCCAGGGCUGGUGCAGAAGUUCUCCCUGCGGGACUGCAGCCCUCGGCUCAGUGAGGAACUCUACCACCGCUGCCGCCUAAGCAACCUGGAGGGGCUGGCCGGCCGGGCCCAGCUGGCCAUGGCCCUGUUCGAGCAAGAGCAGGGCAACAGCACCUAGCCUCGGCCUGCCAUGCGGUCCCCUUUCUGCCUCAGCCCCAGGAGGGCAAGGCAAGAUGGAUGGAGAGCUUGUGGCUGUAUUUUUUUAAAAUAAGAAAAUGUGAUUAAAAGUGUCUUCUGCCAAAGUGAUUUUAGGUCUAGGGAAACGGAGUCAGGAGAAGAAUCUGAGGGAGGGGCUGGGGAGUUUUCCCAGAGGGACCUACUGCCUCCCCCUUCCUCCUCUCUCCCAGUUGCCAAUGACCACACGGCUGCUAGCAGAUGAAUGACCUUUAAUCCAGUUCCCCACCUCCCACAGGUGGGCAGAGGGGUGCUGGCAGAGCCUGGGUCAGGCGGCCCUGGCCCGCGGUGCUCAUUUGCAGGGCUCCUAGGUGUUGCGCACCACCAGCGACUGCUCCAGCUCCUGCCUGCGCUGCUGGAUCUUUAGAGAAAUGAGAGCAGGAGCAGGGUUACAGUGUUGCUGGUGAGUGACAGAACGACCCCAACCGCCCGCUGCCCACCCUGGAAGAGCAUCUGGGAGCAGGGAGGGCUCCCAGGAGGUGAGGGACAUGGUGGAGUGGCAAAGGCGCCGGAGGCUGAGGAAGGAAGUUUCUCAGUGAGGAGGGGCCUAAGGUGCCCGGGCCCCUUCACACCUUGCAGUAGAAGUAGCGGCUGACCGCUUCCUGAGACCAGGGCUGGUGGUAGAACUCAGCCCGGCGCUCCUCCUCAGGGUUGCCUGCCACAUCUGUCAUCACCUGGGAGGGAGAGUGGAAUCAGCCCUGAGCCCGGGCCCUUCCCGCCCCUGUGUACCGCCUUUACUGUCUUCCUGAUAUGCUUGUCUUCCAUCCAGUGCUCCCCAAGUCCCCUUCACCUUGAGGUCCCGGCUCUGGGAGCAGAGCAGGUCUUGGAUGUAGCCUUUGGGGUCUCUGGAGAAGCUUAGCAUGAAGUCCCUCUGGAUCUUGAGCUGGUUUAUGGACUCAAUCGUCUCAUGGAUCUACAGCUCUGGGCUCUGGCCCCACCUUACUGUCCAGAGCGCUGAUCUCCUGCUGGUUGGCCGUGGACAGGAGGAAACUGCUCAUCUGCCCCUUCAGUGGCUCCUCCACCUCCACAUCAAUGUCAUAGCACGCCGUCUUCUUCUGGUCCGACGGGUCCACGCUGCCAGGAAGCCCAGCCCUUGGUGUUCACCUGCCCCACAGAGGCCGAGGGCCCCAGGGCAGACGCAGUGGGGGGGAGGGGGCAUUGGGAUGGGAGGGACAGGCAGGACAGGAGGAAAUGAUUCCCCGGUCUGAGGAGCAAGCCGGGACCUCACCUGAUGACGUGAUUGAUGACAAUUGGGUCAGGGGGCAACAGCAGGGCUGUGAGGCGUUGGGGAAUCUCAGAAAACUUCAGCCGGGGACAAUCAAAAAUCUGAGGCAGGAGGAAGAGGUCACUCUUUUGUGCUUGGAAAGAGCAUAACUACAGCUCUAGAUCCAUUCUGGAAAGGCCACAAGAAGCCAGGAGCAUCUGAUUCACGGGUCUGAAACUAGGGGCCCAUGGGCUGGUGCGGUGCAGUGGUUGGGGAUGGACCCUGGGUCUGCCUGCCUAGAUACCAAUCCUGCUCCCACCACUUACUCUGCAGCCUGAGCAAGUUACUUAAUGACUCAGACCUCAGUUUCUUCAUCUCUACAAUGGGGAUAAUAGUAGUACCCCCUCUCUCAGGGUUGUGGUUAGAAUUCAGUGCAUCAGUACACUCAACGUGCUUGGAACAUACCUGCCUGACACGUGGUAUGUGCUCAAUAAACAUCAACUGUUCUUUUUA